UGGAAGCCCGGUCUACGCAGACGAACUCAGAGGGACAAGAAGUUGUGCAAAUGCCGAAGCAUCAGCUUCGAAUACUAGGACCGACCUUCAAUCUGUUUCCAUUGAAUUCAUUUUCUCUGAGUCGAAAAGUUGCUCAAAAGGAAAAAGACGCAUUUAUUUCAGCAAGGUUAUCGAGAAUGGAAAAGGCUUAUCAAGACGAGGGGAUAAGGAGGUCAGUAGAAGGCGUUGUGCUGGUCCACGACCAUGGACAUCCGUUUGUUUUAUUUUUGAAUUUAGCAGGCACGUUUUCUAAAUUACCAGGUGGAAAAUUGAAAACCGGAGAAGGGGAAAUAGACGGCCUUAAAAGGAAGCUCAACAUGAAGCUGUCUCCUGCCAUUCACGGAGAUAACUCCCCGGAAUGGCUUAUUGGCGAAUUGAUUAGCAUUUGGUGGAGACCUAAUUUCGAGACAUUGUUCUAUCCCUAUGUUCCGCCUCAUAUCACAAGACCGAAAGAAUGCAAAAAAAUCUUCAUCGUUCAAUUGGCCAAGCCGUGUAAUUUUGAAGCGCCUAGUAACUACGACUUAAAGGCAGUACCCUUGUUUGAAUUAUAUGAAAACAGAGGCGAAUACGGACCCAUCAACGCGAGCAUACCCUCCUGUCUUUCAAGGUUUAACUUUAUUUUUUUGUAAAGAGCUGAUGUUAAAUCU